AUGGCGCUUCCGGCAGAUCUUGCGGCACGCUCAGCGCUGUCGAGAGUGUGUUCACACUGCUCAGUCUCUUUCAGGAGACAAGCCGGAGCCAGGUUACCCAAUGGCCUUUUUCAGGCCUCACAACGACAGCAGCAACAACGCUCCGUCCAUAGCAAAUGCCCCCCUCCACGAGCUGCCGUCGAUAGCAAUGUCCCCAAGCCUGCUCCAACCUCCGUUACGAAGCGCUUCUCUUCUGGCUUUGCCUUUGGAUCCAGUGCGCCCGCACCCACCAAGACCGAGAAGAAAAGAGUUCUGGAAGCCGAUGACCUCUUCCACUCGUUCACCAACUCUCCCAUUCCCGAGAUCCGGAAAAGAGCGGCUUUCAUGAGGCAGUAUGCCCGCUGCAACCACCCCGACCACCAGCCCCAUGGGAACCUGGCACCUGCCCAUGUCGACUUCGAAUGCCCUGACUGUGGUAUUCCAGUGUCCUGCUCCAAGGAGCACUGGGCUGACGACUAUGAGAAGCACCUGGAAAUAUGCGAUACACUGAGGCAAAUCAACGAGGACGACCACGAUCUGCGGUCCGGCCGCUUUUUCCCCGAGUUCGAAUAUGCUGGGCCACAAAUAGACGAAGCUCUGAUCAACAUGACCAACUGGGAUACCUUUUUAUAUACCCGCUCCUUCCUCGCCAUUGAUGAUGAUAGGAGCAUGAGACAGGCCACGAGAGCUUCAGCGGUAGGUGUCGCCCUUGGCAUUGGGGAUUUGAUAUAUGAGUCAUCUAACCUACUCCCAGCUCUUCGAUACACUCUUCACCCACCUAAAAACGGCGGUGGCAUGGACAUCAAGGGCCUUCGGGUAGAGGCCCCACCUGUUCGUCUGUUCAUUCUCGGUGCCCGGGCCGAGUCGUCUCUUCCUCGAGAUGUUUGGGUGCAACUCGCACAUGUGUUCCCGGGCUCCCGCAUUCACCUGAUCUUUAUUGGCCCUGAGAGCAUGACCAACCGAGACAACGAGUUCCCGCUGCCCCCUCGGACUGCCACCAACCCCUUCGGUGCCAUCGUCGAGGACCGGGUCUGGCCUACCAUGAAGAUCAGCACCAUCGUGGACUACUACCACACCCUCCACAAGACCGGUCACUUCUACCCUUACGACCCCUACUUUGACUGCUUCGUCAUGUUUCACCCCGGUCUGGGUCACCCAGCAAGCUCCCAUGAGUGGGUAGAGACGCUUCCCAUGCUUCUGGAAACCAAGGCCCCCAUCAUUGUCACUGGCUACACGCAGGAGGAUAUGGAGCGCGAUGUUGCGUGGGUCAACAAGACAGCUCAUGGUGAAUUCGACAUGCUUUUGGAGCCUGGUGAGAACCGGUUCCGCAGUCUUCGGUGGGAUUUGAACGAUCUUGAUCCCCAGGACGUCAGUGCCGGCAACUGGGGCGUCUGGGCAUUCAGAGGCAAGAGGUAA